CCGGGGCGGGGCCGCAGAAGCAGUAGGUGCAACAGCUUGGUCGCGACAGGUGCGCGAGGCAGAGCACCCGGGUGCAGUGGCAAGGCUGGUGGCAGCUCAGAGGAAAGACGGCUUUUAGUCAGGUAUUUUGGAAUCUGUAGACAAGAUGGAAUCAACUCCAUUUGAUAGACGGCAAUGGACUUCACUGUCACUGAGAGUAACGGCCAAAGAACUUUCUCUUGUCAACAAGAAUAAGUCAUCGGCUAUUGUAGAAAUAUUCUCCAAGUACCAGAAGGCAGCUGAAGAAGCAAGCAUGGACAAGAGGAGAGGUAACACUGAGAAUCUCCCCCAGCACUUUAGAAGGGGAACCCUGACUGUGUUGAAGAAGAAGUGGGAGAACCCUGCGCUGGGAGCAGAGUCCCUCCCAGGCUCUCUGCGAGACAGCGGCACUGAGAUCAGGCACAGAGUCGACCAUCCUCCAGCCGAAGUCAUAGGCGACUCUGUUCGUGGAGCCGAAGAGAACCAAGAGGAACACAUCCACCCCCGGCCUACAUUCAGGACACCGCCUGAAGCCCCUGUUCAGUACCCUCUUCCCGGCGUUGAGAACAGUGAGGAUCUGAAAGACCACGCAACUGAAAGUAAAAAAAUGGAAAAUUGUCUGGGAGAAACCAGGCAUGAAGUAGAAAAAUCCGAAAUCUGUGAAAACUCAGAAGCUCUGGGCAAAAUAGAGAAAUACAAUGUUCCACUGAACCGGCUAAAGAUGAUGUUUGAGAAAGGUGAACCGACACAGACCAAGAUUCUUCGGACCCAAAGCCGAAGUGCAGGUGGAAGGAGGAUCUCUGAAAAUAGCUCUUCUGUGGAUGACUUGGAAAUAGGCCCAGGUCAGUUGUCAUCUUCUGCAUCCAACUCGGAGAAAAAUGAGAACAGACGAAACCUGGAACUUCCGCGCCUCUCAGAAACUUCCAUAAAGGAUCGAAUGGCGAAGUACCAGGCAGCUGUGUCCAAACAGAGCAGCUCAGCCACCUAUACAAAUGAGUCAAAAGCCAGCAGUGAAAUCAAAACGCAUAAAUCGGAGCAAAAGGAGAAUGUGCCCCCGGCUCCCGAGGUCUGCCUCUCUCAUCAGGAGGGAGAGAAGGCUUCUGCAACUGAGAAUAGCCUGGCAGCCCGUUCCACCCCCGGUGAAGAUGACUCCCCAGGUAACUCCCAAGUGAAGAGUGAGAUCCAGCAGCCUGUCCAUCCCAAGCUGCCAAGUCCAGAUGCCAGAGCCUCCAGCCUUUCUGAAAGUUCUCCUCCCAAAGCAGUGAAGAAGUUUCAGGCACCUGCAAGAGAGACCUGCGUGGAAUGUCAGAAGACGGUCUACCCAAUGGAGCGUCUCUUGGCCAACCAGCAGGUGUUUCACAUCAGCUGUUUCCGUUGUUCCUAUUGCAACAACAAACUUAGUCUAGGAACAUAUGCAUCUUUACAUGGGAGAAUCUAUUGUAAACCUCACUUCAAUCAACUCUUUAAAUCUAAAGGCAACUAUGAUGAAGGCUUUGGACACAGACCACACAAGGAUCUGUGGGCAAGCAAAAGUGAAAACGAAGAGACCUUGGAGAAACCAGCUCAGCUUCCGAUGGCAGGAGAGGCCCCUCAGAGCCCAGGGGUGGAAGAGGCCCCCAUUGCUAAAGUUGGUGUGCUAGCUGCAAGUAUGGAAGCCAAGGCCUCCUCUCAGCAGGAGAAAGAAGACAAGCCAGCCGAAACCAAGAAGCUGAGGAUCGCCUGGCCACCCCCAGCCGAACUCGGCAGUUCAGGAAGCACCUUAGAGGAAGGGAUCAAGGUGUGUAAGCCCAAAUGGCCUCCUGAGGAUGACAUCAGCAAGCCUGAAGCUCCUGAAGAUGUAGAUCUGGAUCUGAAGAAGCUAAGACGAUCUUCCUCGCUGAAGGAAAGAAGCCGCCCGUUCACUGUAGCAGCUUCCUUUCGAACCGCGUCUGUCAAGAGCCCCAAAACUUUGUCCCCUCCUAUCAGGAAAGGCCAAAGCAUGUCAGAGCAGAUCGAAGAGUUUGAAGGAGGAGUAGUAACAGAAAGGAAACAAGUGGAACAGGCUAAGGCCUUCGAGAGGAAUGGAAGUGUGGGAAAAACAACCUGGCAAAAUAAGGAAUCUAAAGGAGGGGAGGAAGAGAGAAGAAGUAGGGAAGUUCAUAGUUUUGAAAUGGAGAGUGAGAAUCUAGUAGAAAAUGGUGCAAACUUAGAUGAAGAUGAUAGCAGUCUCCUUAAACAGCAAUCUCCACUAGAGCCCAAGUCUCCCAAAUGGUCUAGCUUUGUAGACAACACCUCCACGGAAGAGUUCACUACUCAGCAUCAGAAAUCCCAGGAUGUGGGAUUCUGGGAGGGAGAAGUGGUCAAAGAGCUGUCUGUGGAAGAACAGAUAAAGAGAAACCGGUACUACGAUGAGGAUGACGACGAGGAAUGACAAAUUGCAGUGGGUUUUUCAUUUGUGUUAGUGUUAGUGAGCCACUGCCCUUUAUCAAAGUGAUGCACAUAAACAGGUAUCUUAGCAUGAACUGUUAUUUAUGUGGAAAUAACUUGGCAAAGCGUUCCUGCUUCAAAAGAAACCUACACUGCAGCUUAAACAAACCAGUUCUAAAAGCUUGAGAUAACAUUACUUAAAUCUUCCAUUUUAGCAGUGAUGGUACACAUAAGUGCUUUAAGCCGAGAAAUAUUCCAUCUCAUACAGUCCAGAUUCCACUGUAUUCCCAAAAGGCAAUAUUACAAUAGAUGGAUGGUUAGUAGCACAUUGACACACUACAAACCCUGUGGUGGAAUGAGAGAACAUAUGGGAGAGAUUUAGAAACCUAAACAUUAUAACUGAAUGCACUUUAGUAUAAAGGGCACAGUUUUGUAUAUUUUUAAAUGAAUAUCAAUUUUUUAGCAUUCAUCUGUUCAGAGAUAUCAAAUAUUUAGUCUUUUAAAAUUUUUCUAAGGUUAACUUUCUUACUUUGAUAUAUGUAAGGAAUUAUUGCUUUGCAUCCUGCUCUCUAAACUACAUCCUGAACCAAAUUAUUGAGGUAUAAUAUAGCUAUCUUUUCAGAGCACCUUUGGAAGCAAUCGAAGAACCAACUCAUGUGCUUUGGUGCUUGGAGAGACCCACCGUCUCCCAGAUAAGCUGUGGUAUUUGCCAAUGAGUUUGUACCCCAAGUGAUUGCUUUCUUCUCUGGUGGUAUCUGCGCUUCUCAGAACUUACUGAAAGCUGCAAUACUUGGGUAAGGUCUUUUUGAUCACUUUUCACCACGUUCCAUGUUAGAGCAAAGUGGGGAGUUUAAAGGAGGAAUAAGAGAAAGAACCGCCUUAAACCACUUGAGUCCAGAUUUCCAAACCAUGUAAUCCACUUCUGAUAUCCCCUUUCUGAGACACUAAUUUUUUAAAUACUUAUCAGCUCUGAAAUGUAUU